AUGGACUCUAUAGUAAUAGACCUUCAAACAACCAUCUUUAUAACACGAGUCAUGGCAACUAAGUCUACCAUUACAAGUGAUCUUAUGUAUAGGGUUGGUAUUAGAGACAUCAUCAAAGAUAAAAUAACCAAGUCUCGGAUUAGGGAACCAAUUGAUGACUCCACCACUCGUAUUGAAACCCAUCUCUCAUAG